AUGAACCUCUUCAACGAGACGACUCCACUGUGCUUCUCCAUCAACAGUCCCCCCUUCAACUACAACCAUACCAUUGCUUCCCGCAACUUCUCCACUGUGUUCAGCUCUCUGGGCCUCACCUUCAACCUCAUCGCCUUUGUGGUCCUCCUCAAGUCCUUCCAGCGCACGCACAGCCGCUCGCGCUCCUCCUUCCUCAUCUUCCUCUGCGGCCUGGUGGUCACCGACUUCAUGGGCCUCCUGGUCACCGGCAUUAUCGUGGUCUCCUUCCACUUCACCCAGUUCAACUGGCGCCGCCUGGACCCGCACUGCCACUUCUGCAACUACAUGGGCAUGUCCAUGGUCUUCUACGGCCUGUGCCCGCUGCUGCUGGGCGCCACCAUGGCCGUGGAGCGCUUCGUGGGCAUCAACCGGCCGUUCGCCCGCUCGACCAGCAUGCCCAAGUCGCGGGCCAUGUGCAUAGUGCUGAUGGUGUGGACGGUAGCGGGGUGCAUCUCACUGCUGCCCCUGGUGGGCGUGGGGAGCUAUCACAUGCAGAUACCGGGCUCCUGGUGCUUCUUCAACAUUGGCUCGGAGGCUAGCGACAUGGCCUUCUGCCUGCUCUUCUCACUGGUGGGGCUGCUGUGCAUCGCCGUGUCCUUCCUGCUCAACACGGUGAGCGUGGUGACCCUGGUCAAGGUGUGCUGCGGCCAGGACGCUACGCAGCGUCGCCGCGACUACGAGGUGGAGAUGAUGGUGCAGCUCAUCUGGAUCAUGAUGAUCGCUUCCAUCUGCUGGUGCCCCCUGCUGGUGAGUAGUGGCGGCCUAUCAAAACACGCACACACACAUACACACAAUACCAAGCACAUACAGGACAUAUGCCCCUAGGUCAGGAGGACACAAUAUCCGCUCAAACACAUCGUUAUAUUCAUCACUCAGUAUUGAUAUGUAUGAAAUUCGGACAUUUGUUGUUUGUAACAUAUUUAAGCAAUAUGUGGUAUAUGGCCAAUAUAACAUGGCUAAGAGCUGAUCUUAGGCACGACGCAACGCGAAGUGCCUGGACACAGCCCUUAGCCGUGGUAUAUUGGCCGUAUAUCACAAACCCCUGAGGUGCCUUAUUGCUAUUAUAAACUGGUUACCAACGUAAUUAGAGCAGUAAAAAUACAUGUUUUGUCAUCAUACCUGUGGUAUACGGUCUUAUAUACCACGGCUGUCAGCCAAUCAGCAUUCAGGGCUAGAACCACCCAGAUUAUAAAAUGCAAUAUACCAUCGUUGUCCACUGCUGCAUACUUACUGCAUUUGAAUGGCAAAUGAAGUCAAGAGAUAAUGAUCAACUCGCACUUGAUACAGGCCCCAAUACAUGUGUAUCAAUAUGUGCACACACAAAUCUCUGCCUAUUGAGGUUGCUCUCUCGACCCUCCGCUAACAGAACUCUCUUUGGCUAACUCUCCGGUACCACUGCUGCCUUGUCUCUAAACCUAAGCAGGGUUGUCCCUGGAUGGGAGACCAGCUGCUACUGGAAGUGGUGUUGGAAGUCCAGAAGGGGGCCCUCUUCCCUCUGGUCUAGGGAGAUUCCAAUGCCCCAGGGCAGUGAAGGGGACAUUGCCCUGCCGUCUUUCGGAUGGGACGUUAAAACGAGUGUCCUGACUCUCUGUGGUCACUAAAGAUCCCAUGGCACUUAUCGUAAGAGUAGGGGUGUUAACCCAAGUGUCCUGGCUAAAUUCCCAACCUGACCCUCAUGGCCACCUAAUCAUCUCCAGCUUCCAAUUGGUGCAUUUAUCCCCUCUUCUCCCCCUUGUAACUCAUACUUAGGUUGUUGCAAUGAUACGUUCUCAGUCAACUUACCUGGUAAAAUAAGGCUAAAUAACUGGCUGAACAGCAUAAACUGUGGGCGUCUUUAUAAGCAGCGUGCAUUGCAUACAGCCCAGGUCAAGUUCAGGAAGUGGAAUUGGCCCUGUAUUAGGGAGUAUGGCUGUAUGCUGCCUGGUGAUAAGGCCUGUAAGAGGGGGCCAUCUCCGGCUGCAGACAGAGGGGGAUAUCCGGGCCAGAGUGGACUCCCUGUCCCUUUCCUAUAUCUGCCUCUGUCGCUCUGUCUCUUUACGUUCAAUCGAUUCAAUUCAAAACCGAUGCAACGUUUUCAAUCGCACAGUGAAUGAGUUCAGUUGAUAAAAGUACUAACAAAUACAGAAAUGUUAUAUUACAUUACGCAAACAGUCUCUGACAUGUAAUGCACAGUGCAUUCAGAAAGUAUUCAGACCUCCUCCUUUUUCCACAUUUUGUUACGUUACAGCCUUAUUCUAAAAUAGAAUUAAAAAAAAAAAAAUCCUCAUCAAUCUACACACAAUACCCAAUAAUAACAAAGCGAAAACAGGUUUUUAAGAAAUUUUAGCAAAUGUAUUAAAUAGAAAAAAACAGAAAUACCUUAUUUACAUAGUAUUAAAAUCAAAUCACAUUUUAUUUGUCACAUACACGUGUUUAGCAGAUGUUAUAGCGGGUGUAGCAAAAUGCUUGUGCUUCUAGCUCCGACAGUGCAGUAAUAUCUAACAAUUACACAACAUAUACCCAAUACACACAAAAAAGUAAGGAAUGGGAUUUAAGAAUAUAUACAUAUAUGGACAAGCAAUGACAGAGUGGCAUGGACUAGGAUACAGUAGAAUAUUAUAGAAUAGAAUGCAGUAUAUACAUAUGAGAUGAGUAGUGCAAGAUAUGUAAACAUUAUUAAAGUGACUAGUGUUCCAUUUCUUAAAGUGGCCAGUGAUUUCAAUAGGCAGCAGCAGCAGCCUCUAAUGUGCUAGUGAUGGCUAUUUUUUUAUUUAUUUUUGAUAGCCUGGUGAACUGGCAGUGACUCGGGUGGUUGAUGUCCUUGAUGAUAUUUUUGGCCUUCCUGUGACAUCGGGUGCUGUAUGUGUAUUGGAGGGCGGGUAUUUUUUAUUUUUUUUACAGACGCUCUUAUCCAGAGCUGAUGUGUACGCCAAGGAACUUGAAGCUUCCCACCUUCUCCACUGCGGUCCUGUUGAUGUGGAUAGGGGGGUGCACCCUCUGCUGUUUCCUGAAGUCCACGAUCAUCUCCUUUGUUUUGUUGAUGUUGAGUGAGAGGUUAUUUUCCUGGCACCACACUCCCAGAGCCCUCACCUCCUCCCUGUAGGCGGUCUCGUCAUUGUUGGUAAUCAAGCCUCCUACUGUUGUGUCGUCUGCAAACUUGAUGAUUGAGUUGGAGGCGUGCUUGGCCACGCAGUCAUGGGUGAACAGGGAGUACAGGAGGGGGCUGAGCACGGACCCUUGUGGGGCCCCAGUGUUGAGGAUCAGCGAAGUGGAGAUGUUGUUUCCUACCUUCACCACCUGGGGGCGGCCCGUCAGGAAGUCCAGGACCCAGUUGCACAUGGCGGGGUUCAGACCCAGGGCCUUGAGCUUAAUGAUGAGCUUGGAGGGUACUAUGGUGUUGAAUGCUGAGCUAUAGUCAAUGAACAGCAUUCUUACAUAGGUAUUCCUCUUGUCCAGAUGGGAUAGGGCAGUGUGCAGUGUGAUGGCAAUAGCAUCGUCUGUGGAUCUAUUGGGGCGUUAAGCAAAUUUAAGUGGGUCUAGGGUGACAGGUAGGUAGAGGUGAUAUUAUCCUUGACUAGUCUCUCAAAGCACUUCAUGAUGACAGAGGUGAGUGCUACAGGGCGAUAGUCAUUUAGUUCAGUUACCUUUGUUUUCUUGGGUACAGGAACAAUGGUGGCCAUCUUGAAGCAUGUGGGAACAGCAGACUGGGAAAGGGAGAGAUUGAAUAUGUCCAUGAACACACCAGCCAGCUGGUCUGCGCAUGCGCAUGCUCUGAGGACGCGGCUAGGGAUGUCGUCUGGGCCGGCAGCCUUGCGGGGGUUAACAUGCUUAAAUGUCUUAAUCAUGUCGGCCAUGAAGAAGGAGAGGCCACAGUCCUUGGUAGUGGGCCUCGUCAGUGGCACUGUGUUAUCCUCAAAGCGGGCGAAGAAGGUGUUUAGCUUGUCUGGAAGCGAGACGUCGGUGUCGGUGACGUGGCUGGUUUUCUUUUUGUAGUCCGUGAUUGCCUGUAGACCCUGCCACAUACGUCUCGUGUCUGAGCCGUUGAAUUGCGACUCCACUUUGUCUCUAUACUGAUGUUUUGCUAGUUUAAUUGCCUUGCGGAGUGAGUAGCUACACUGUUUGUAUUCUGCCAUAUUCCCAGUCACCUUGCCAUGGUUGAAUGUGGUGGUUCGCACUUUCAGAUUUGCGCGAAUGCUGCCGUCUAUCCACGGUUUCUGGUUAGGGUAGGUUUUAAUAGUCACAGUGGGCACAACAUCACCUAUACACUUCCUGAUAAACUCUGUCACCGUUUCAGUGUAUGUGUCUAAAUUAUCCCAGUCCACGUGAUCAAAACAAUCUUGAAGCGUGGAUUCCGAUUGGUCAGACCAGCGUUGAAUAGUCCUUAGCACGGGUACUUCCUGUUUGAAUUUCUGCCUAUAGGAAGGGAUAAGCAAAAUGGAGUCAUGGUCAGAUUUGCUGAAAGGAGGGCGGGGGAGGGCCUUAUAACCAUCCCGGAAGUUUGAAUAGCAAUGGUCGAGGAUUUUAGCAGCGCGAGUACAACAGUCGAUGUGUUGAUAGAACUUCGGCAGUCUAGUCCUCAAAUGUGCUUUGUUAAAAUCCCUGGCUACAAUAAAUGCAGCCUCAGGAUAUGUGGUUUCCAGUUUGCAUAAGGUCCAGUGAAGUUCUUUGAGGGCCGUCGUGGUAUCAGCUUGAGGGGGGAUAUACACGGCCGUGACUAUAACCGAAGAGAAUUCUCUUGGGAGAUAAUACGGUCGGCAUUUGAUUGUGAGGUAUUCUAGGUCGGGUGAACAAAAGGACUUGAGUUCCUCUAUGUUACUACAAUUACACCAUGAGUCGUUAAUCAUGAAACACACACCUCCGUCCUUCUGCUUCCCGGAGAGAUAUUUAUUCCCUCUGGCUGGACCUAUUUUGACAGAAUAUCCCAAGAGAGCCAUGUUUCCAUGAAACAGAGUAUGUUACAGGCCCUGAUGUCUCUCUGGAAAGAAAUCCUUGCCCGUAGUUCGUCGACUUUGUUAACCAAAGAUUGAAGAUUAGCGAGUAGAAUACUUGAAAGCGGUGGGUGGUGUGCACGCCUCCUAAGUCAGACCAGCAGGCCGCUCCGAGUGCCUCUCCUCUGCCGGCAAUGUUUUGUGUCAGCCGCUGGAAUCAGUUCAGUUGCCCCGGCUGUAUGUAAUGAUGCAAAACACUUUCUGAGAUAAUAAUGUAAAAAAUAAUACAUAAAAAAACAAAAUACUGCAAAGUUUCCUAAGAGCUAGUCACGAGGCCGCUCUCUUUGUCGGCGCCAGGUACUAUUCAGACCCUUUGCUAUGAAACAGUGCAUGUCAGAGCAAAAACCAAGCCAGGAGGUUGAAGGAAUUGUCCGUAGAGCUCCGAGACAGGAUUGUGUUGAGGCACAAAUCUGGGGAAGGGUACCAACAUAUUUCUGCAGCAUUGAAGGUCCCCAAGAACACAGUGGCCUCCAUCAUUCUUAAAUGGAAGAAGUUUGGAACCACCAAGACUCUUCCUAGAGCUGGCCGCCCGGCCAAACUGAGCAAUCGGGGGAGAAGGGCCUUGGUCGGGGAGGUGACCAAGAACCUGAUGGUCACUCUGACAGAGCUCCAGAGUUCCUCUGUGGAAAUUGGAGAACCUUCCAGAAGGACAACCAUCUCUACACCACUCCACCAAUCAGGCCUUUAUGGUAGAGUGGCCAGACGGAAGCCACUCCUCAGUCAAAAGCACAUGACAGCCUGCUUGGAGUUUGCCAAAAGGCACCUAAAGGACUCUCAGACCAUGAGAAACUAAAUACUCUGGUCUGAUGAAACCAAGAUUGAACUCUUUGGCCUAAAUGCCAAGUCUGGAGGAAACCUGGCACCAUCCCUACGGUGAAGCAUGCUGUGGGAAUGUUUUUCAGCUGCAGGGACUGGGAGACUAUUCAGGAUCAUUAAUCUUUCCCUCGAUCCUGACUAGUCUCCCAGUCCCAGAAAAACAUCCCCACAGCAUGAUGCUGAUCCUUGAUGACAACCUGCUCCAGAGCGCUCAGGACCUCAGACUGGGGCGAAGGUUCACCUUCCAACAGGACAAUGACCCUAAGCACACAGCCAAUACAAUGCAGGAGUGGCUUCAGGACAAGUCUCUGAAUGUCCUUGAGUGGCCCAGCCACAGCCCUGACUUGAACCUGAUCGUACAUCUCUGCAGAGACCUGAAAAUAGCUGUGCAGCGAUGCUCCCCAUCCAACCUGACAGAGCUUGAGAGGAUCUGCAGAGAAGAAUGGGAGAAACUCCCCAAAUACAGGUGUGCCAAGCUUGUAGUGUCAUACCCAAGAAGACUUGAGGCUGUAAUCGCUGCCAAAGGUGCUUCAACAAAUUACUGAGUAAAGGGUCUGAAAUCUUAUGUAAAUGUAAUUUCUACGUUUUGUAUGUUUAAUCUAAAAAAAAUCUAAAAACCUGUUUUUUCUUUGUCAUUAUGGGGUAUUGUGUGUAGAUUGAUGUGUGUGUGUGGGGGGGGGGGGGGGGGGGGGGGGGGGGCGACUAUUUAAUCAAUUUUAGAUUAAGACUGUAACGUAACAAAAUGUGGAAAACGUCAAGGGGUCUGAAUACUUUCCCAAUGCACUGUAGACACAUUUCUCCUUCUCUCAAAAAAUGGGGCUUGGUCUGGUCUAAGCUACCAGUCUACCCCUCUACAUGCCUCAUUUCUCCUAAAUAAUGCAGGCAAAAUUAGCUGACCUCAAAGUCCUGUUAUGCUUCUGUACCAUACCCAUUCAAGGCUCUUUGUAAUCAAUCUCGUGGCUUAAAUAGAUGGGAGGCCAACAACCACAUCACAGCCUCACUACUACUCCCCUGAUUCUGUGUGUGUUCUGUAACACUUUAUUUUGAAUACAUUUGAGCAUCUAUAAAUCUACACGGUACCUACCAUCAAAAUAAAGUGUUGCUAUAUUUACAUUUGACAUUUUAGUCAUUUAGCAGAUGCUCUUAUCCAGAGCGAUUUACAGGAGCAAUUAGGGUUAAGUGCCUUGCUCAAGGGAUGCUAAAUGACUUAAAUGUAAUGUAAAUGUAAGGGCACAUCGACAGAUUUUUCACCUAGUCGGCUCGGGGAUUAGAACCAGCGACCUUUCUAUAUGUCAGUGUUUCCGCUAGAUGAUUUUUGAGGUGCCACCAAAUCGACAUCGAAGGCCUUUUUAAGCAACAUUUUCAUUUAAAACCUAAAAGGGGUACAAUUGAAGCCUAAUUAUUUUAGGAAUGAAAGGAAAGAGGUAGGUUAGGUUUACACCUUUCAUUAUAUAAUGGUAACACUACCGUAUGUUCUUCAGCACUUCUGGAGCCCUUUAUCCAGUCUAACCUCCUGACUGUCCUGUACAGAUAUAUGUUCUGAAAGGUGCUGUGUACGGCAAACCCGUAGAGCCUGGCUUCAUGUUACUCGGCCUGCGGAUGGCCACCUUCAAUCAGUUAUGUGACCCCUGGGUUUACAUCGUAUGUCAGGAGUUCAGACUAAUGCGAGUAAAAACAGCUAAUGUUUAUAGCGCCCCCUAUCUUCACUCACCGCACAUUGCUUUGGGCUGUGGCUGUCCGGACUGUCCGGACCUCAUCCAUAGCCAGACCAUCCGAAUGACUGCAUCAUUCGUGCCACAACUAUGGACUCAUCCGCUUUGGACAGCCAUCUUAGCUGAUUCACGUCCCCUUAACAGCUUCUGAACUACAUUAACCAUAACCCCCAACUGGAGCAUGCUCAGUCCAAAGGAUACUCGAAGUCAUGAGCUGGUUUACCAUUGCCCCUCCACUUAGUUUCCGUUCUAUUCCAUGUCAGGCAGGCAAUAAGCCAUUCACUUGCAAUCUCUGCUUUUGCCAGUGCCCACCCCCUCCUCCCCCCAAAAAUGUAUGCCAAUGGACCAAUGAUGGUGACAUCUAAACAAAACGAUGAUCAUUCCACAUUAUAAGCAAUGCUUUGGAUAUGUGGUCAUUGUGUAUCUGUGUACUCUAUGCGUGUGUACUCCGUUUUUAAUGAUGCGUGUGUUUGUGUUUGACCACAGCAACUCACUGUCUGCCAGCUGCGAUCCUGAGACACUAAGGGCCUGUUAGCAUUUUUUUGAAGCAUCUGGAAAACGCUAAUUAUUUGCUAAACACAAGCGCGUAUGUCAUUCCUGAGGAGUAGAGCUUAUUUGUGUGUGUGGUGUGUGUGUGUGUGUGUGUGUGUGUGUGUGUGUGUGUGUGUGUUGCCUGUAUGAAUGUGUGUGAGAAGGCCCAAACUGCUGCACUUAUGUCUUCAAACUACUGAUGACAACUCUCUCUAUCUGUGUUGUUGGGUCUCAUGCGAGAGAAGAGAAAGAAGAGAAGAAAGACAAGUAAAUAAAGACGAAGAGAGAGAGAGAGUAGAGAGCACGAGAGAAACGAGAGCAGAGAGAGCUAGAGAGAGAAGCAUAGAGAGUGAGACGGAGAAGAGAGUUAGCAGCAGAGAUAUAGAAAAGAAAGAAAGAUCUAGAACAGCAUAAAACUGAUACAGACGACAGCGAGAAGACAGACACCCGAAAGACAGCUCUCGCAUCUCGAACCUCCCCCCUCCCUCCUCUCCUCCUCCUCCCUCCCUCCCUCCCUCCCUCCCUCCCUCCCUCCCUCUCUCCUUCCCCUUACACUCUACAGGUGUUUAUUGCGGAGACUGUGUUGUCAGGGAGCCCACCUAGGAUUCGCUACCUGCUACUCUUCAUCCGCUUCGCCACCUGGAACCAGAUCCUGGACCCCUGGGUGUACAUACUGUUUCGCCGCGCCGUCCUCAAGCGCCUCUACCCAAGUUGGGACUGGUCCCGGGGUUCCAUAAGGACCCUGUACCCCGCCUCCUUUGUCGGCACCAUCCGCCGGUUCACCCGCGCCUCCCUGGGCGGCGACGUCCAGGGGGGUAGCGAAAGGGCCAUGUCAGUCGAACCCCAGUCGUUUAACGUGAAGGCUCCACCUUCAUCGCCUUGA